AUGUGGCUGCAUCUACGCGAUUUACCGUUAGCAGAUCCCGAUCCCUCGUGUAAUCGCCCGAUUCAUGUACUAAUCGGCGCGGAUUUAUACGGUUCUCUGCUGCUCGACGGCCUCCGUCAAGGCCCGGUCGGCACCCCGACGGGCCAGCUUACUGUUUUCGGCUGGAUCGUCUCCGGUCCUGCCGGCACCGCGCGCCCAGCCGGAGAGUCCGUUUCCGUUUUGAAUUGCGUAUCCUGCAAGGAUACAAAUUCAUUGAUCCAAAGUUUUUGGGAGGACGAAAGUAUCCCCUCUCAAAAUCCUCUCACGGAAGAGGAAGAACGUUGCGAAAAUUAUUUCGCUAGUACGCAUUCUCGCGAUUCUCAAGGACGUUACAUUGUUCGUUUGCCUUUCAAGAACGGUCCCCCUCACAUAGGCGACACUUUUCGAAAGGCUUCUUUCUUAUACUCCAAAAUAGAGCGCCGACUCUCGCAGAAACCCGAGAUCGCCGCUCAGUAUCACGAUUUCCUCAAGGAAUACGAAUCCAUGGGGCACAUGGAAAAGAAUCGACCUACGUCGAUGACGUUCUUUUCGGAGCAGACGACCUUCGGUCUCUGCUUGAAAAACGCAAGCAAUUCGUCGGACUAA